AUGAUGAACAGAGGAAAAUCGUUUAGGAAAAAGAGAGGAAGAGGAGGUGGUGAAGAUGAUGAUCUUGCGGAAACAAAUGCUGCUGCUAUUGGUGGCGGAUCAAAACAAUUUGGUGAUGGACAUAUUGAACAAAUGAGCUUCAUGUUGGCAAAAUCAAAGAAAAAGAAUAAACAGAAAAAGAAGCAAAAACAAUUGAGUAAAGCUAAAAACCAUGAUAAACAACCAAAAGAGAUUAAUAAGAAGGGAAGCCAAAAAGUUCAACCAACAAAGAAGACAGAAUCUAAUCCACAACAAGCAAAUAAGAGAAAGCAAGAAUCUCAAAAAGCCGAAGUGAAAGCCAAGAAACGAAAGCAAGAAGAAAGUGAGGAUUUAUUGUUUGAGGAUGAUUUAAUGGCUGAAGAUGAAGAUGAUGAUUUUUCUGAUGAUGGAUAUGGAGGUAGUUCUAGAAAUGAUUACAAUUCUGAUGAAUCGGAAAUUAUCGACGACUUGGAUGAAGAAGAAUUGAAAAAUAAUAAGGACUCUACAGCUAUAUUUAUUACAAAGGACAUGUUAGAAGGUAUGUCAAAGGGUGAUGAAGAUCUAGAUGAUAAGGUUAUUGCCUAUCUCGAAAAGAAAUUGAAAAUUAAAAAGAAUAAGGCAAUUGACGAAUUGGAUACAGACCCUGGCUCCUCUAAUUUGGAAAACUUUGUAAAGGAAAAGAGGUUGAAAAAGCAAGAAAAGAAAAAACAAAAGGUUGUAGAAGAGCAGGAAGAAAGUGAUGGAGAGGAUAUCGUUCCUGGAUACAUAGAACCAAAAAUUGAUGAAGAAGAUCUUGGAGAAUUUGCAGAAGAUUAUGAAGGAAUGUUUGGUGAUAUUGACCCAGAAGAUAUGAUCAAUCUUGACGCAGAAAUUGACGCCAUGCUUGAAUCUGAGCAACAAGGAGUUGAUUAUUCUGAAUUUUUAAAGAGUGAAGUACCAACCCUUGCCACCCUUUUACAAAAAGGAAAGAAACCUGAGCGAUCUUCAGAACCAGCAGAAGGAGAAACAGAAGAAAAUACAAGUGGAAAAUAUGUUCCUCCUCAUAUGAGAAAACAACAAAUUUUGGAAAGUGGUAGAAAAUCUGAAUCCUAUAUUGCCCUUCAAAAGAGCAUUAGAAAUUUAUUGAACAAGCUUUCUCUUGCCAAUAUUUCUUCAAUCACAAAGGAAUCAUUAGCUCUCUAUGAAAAGAGUAGUAAGAAUGAUUUCCAUGAUAUUCUUUCAAAUUCUAUUAUUGAAAGCGUUUGUGACACUGUUGACCUUCAAAGUAAUUUCAUUUUGGUGUAUGCUGCCUACAUGGUUGCAAUGCACAAUAUUGGAGGAACCAACAUUGGUGCUCACUUUAUGGAGAAAUUGAUCCAAAAAUUCGAUUCAAUUGUCGAUCAAAGACAUCAAGCUUCCAACUUGUUGACAUUAAUUUGUCACGUCUACAAUUUGGGUUUAAUUUAUUGUGGACUCAUCUAUGAUAUUAUUAGAAUGUUCUGCCUCAAUAUUAAUGAACUGAAUGUGGAAUAUCUUUUCAAAUUACUUCAAGCUUGUGGUUUCCAACUCAAGAUUGACGAUCCUGCUGCCAUGAAGGACAUUAUCGAGGUUAUCAAGUCAAGCUUUGAAAAAUACGAAGAUACCGUGAAGGACGAAGGUUCAGCUGUUGCUAAACGUAUGAAAUUCCUCGUUGAAAUGAUUUAUGAUUUGAGAAAUAAUAGAAAGAGACAAUAUCAAGAAGACAUUUCUGAACAAUACAAACAAUUGAAACAAAGCGUCAAGGAUUUACAAAAACAGGAGAAGAAGACUGGAGAAAACACGUUGAGAAUUCCAUAUAUUGAUUUGAUUGAAGCUGAAAAGAAGGGUAGAUGGUGGCUUGUCGGUUCAGCAUGGACUGGCAAUCAAGUUGGUUCUUCAAUUGAUAAUUCAAAUGCUACUGCAUUGUCUUCUAUGAAGAAUAGAGAUAAUAUCAGUGUAGCCCUCCAUGACAUGGAUCCAAAGACUCUCAGAAAACUUGAAAAACUUGCCAAGGAACAGAGAAUGACAACAGAUUUGAGAAGGGCUGUUUUCUGUAUUCUAAUGGGAAGUGACGAUUUCAUUGAUGCAUUCCAAAGAUUAGUCAAAUUGGGUAUUCAAAAGAACAAUAGAGAAAUUGCAAGAGUUUUAUUACACUGUUGUUGUCAAGAGAAGGGAUUUAAUCCAUACUACAGCAAAUUAGCAGAAAAGCUAUGCAGUAUUGAAAAUACCAACAGAGCAUUCCAAUUCACUUUUUACGAAUAUUUUGAUGAUUUAUCAAAGAAUACUGUCAGAAAGCUGAUCAAUAUCAGUAAGCUUCUCUCAGAAUUGAUUGGUAAAGGAUGUCUCUCACUCUCCAUGCUCAAGAUUAUUGACUUUAAUAGUCUUCAACAGUUGGAUGUGGUCUUUUUCAGAUUGUUAUUCCUUAAUUUAUUGUUAGAUUUUAGUGAGGUGGAAAUUACUCGAUGCUUCUUUAGAUUGGCCAAAGUGGAGGAACAUGAUUCCCUCAAAGAGAGUCUCAUCCUUUUCCUCUACCAAUUUGUCAAGAAGGAAUUUAGAAGAGGUUUUAUUUAUGACUUGUUGGCUCUUAAGGAUAUUACCAAGAAGGGAGACAAGGAGUGGAUGAAAGAACAAGAAAACAUCAUCAAAUCGAGAGCAAACAUGAUGAGAAAAGUACUCAGAGCUGAUAUUUCUGGACUUUAA